AUGGAUGAGCCUGCCGAGCCCGGGAACCAGUCUGCGUGGGACCCCUACGAGAAAAACAUCUCGGAGAUCAGCCAGAAUUUGUCAGGCGAAUACUUCAGGUAUAAAGGCAUCCUCUUCCCCGUCGGCAUCUACUCACCUGAGAGCAUCAGUAUCGCAGAGAACUCGGAAGUGCAGGACGACGACAUCUUCAUCAUCACCUACCCCAAGUCAGGCACAAACUGGAUGAUUGAGAUCCUCAGCUUAAUCCUAAAGGACGGGGACCCCUCCUGGAUCCGCUCAGUGCCCAUUUGGAAGCGGUCGCCCUGGUGUGAGGCCAUCAUGGGUGCCUUCAGCCUCCCAGACCAGCCCAGCCCUCGCCUCAUGAGCUCCCACCUCCCCAUCCAGCUCUUCACCAAGGCCUUCUUCAACUCCAAGGCCAAGGUGAUCUACAUGGGCCGGAACCCCCGGGACGUGGUGGUCUCGCUCUAUCACUACUCCAAGAUCGCCAGGCAGUUGAAGGACCCUGGCACGCCUGACCAGUUCCUGAAGAACUUCCUCAAAGGCGAAGUGCAGUUCGGCUCCUGGUUCGACCACAUUAAGGGCUGGAUUCGGAUGCAGGGCAAAGAGAACUUCUUGUUUAUCACCUACGAGGAGCUGCAGCAGGAUCUCCACAGCUCCGUGCAGCGCAUCUGCCAGUUCCUGGGCCGGCCGCUGGGCGAGGAGGCGCUGGAGUCCGUCGUGGCGCACUCAGCCUUCAAAGCCAUGAAGGCCAACACCAUGUCCAACUUCUCCCUGCUGCCCCCCAGCCUGCUGGACCAGCGCCACGGUGCCUUCCUCCGGAAAGGGAUCUGCGGUGACUGGAAGAACCAUUUCACGGUGGCGCAGAGCGAAGCCUUCGACCGAGUCUACCGCGAGCGGAUGCGGGGGCUGCCGACCUUCCCCUGGGACGUGGACCCCGAGGACGCCGGUCCGGACCCCGACCCCAGUCCCGACCCGAGUGCCAGCCCAGACCAGGCGUCCGAGCCACCCCACCCGUGAC